CUAAAGCUUGACUUGGAGAUCGAUGAUGGAGCUCACUAGACCUUCAUGUCAGAUAAGCAAAAAGGUCUGAUAGAAGCAUUUAAUGAUAUAUUACCUUUGGUCGCUCAUAGAUUUUGUGUUAGACACUUGCAUAGUAAUUUCAAAAGGGCCGGAUUUUGUGGUGACACACUAAGAAAUGCACUUUGGAAAGUUGCUAGUGCGACAACAGUAAGGUGGUUUGAUGAACGCAUGGUUGAAAUAUUUGAUUUGGAUCCCGAAGCUGAUAUUUGAUUGAGAGAUAAGUCACCUAGUGAAUGGCCUAAAUCUCACUUCUCCGAAGAUGCAAAAUGUGAUACCUUAGUGAAUAACAUAUGUGAAUGUUUUAAUAGCAUGAUAUUGGAUGCAAGAGAUAAGCCUAUUAUCACUCUUCUGGAGAAAAUUCGGUAUAUGCUCAUGACAAGAAUGCAAGCAAAUAGGGAUAAAUCUAUCAAGUGGAGUUCUGAUGAUAUUUGCCCCAGAAUUAAAAAUGUAUUGUGCAAAAGUCAAGUUGUUGCUGCUGAAUAUAUUCCUAGAAAAUCAAAUGAGUGGAACUAUGAGCUUAUAGGAGCUAGCAUAACUGACAUUUGGGCCGUAGAUUUGUUAAACCGAAAAUGCAGUUGUAGAAAAUGGAAUUUGACAGGGCUACCUUGUAAACAUGCUAUAUCAGCAAUUUGGGCUAAAAAUGAUGAAAUCAGUUCGUAUAUUGAUGAUUGUUAUAAGGUGGAAACUUAUAGAAGGAUCUAUGAAUUUGUUAUUCUUCCUAUGAAUGGUCAAAGUAUGUGGUCGCAACAUGAGAAUAUUCCUCCUUUGCCUCCCAGAGUAGUAAGACAAAGUACUAAAGGGAGAAAACAAAAGAAGAGAAGAAAAGAAUCAGAUGAAGUGGGCGCGAGUAGGACAAAAGUGAAGAGGAAGCAAAAAUAUUUAGGAUGCAGUAGAUGCCACAAGCUUGGACAUAACACAAGAACUUGCAAGUAUAAUUUGUUGCAGACAGAGUCUCAAAAUGUGUCUCCGCUAUAUCAUGAAUAUCUUCAUCAUGUGCUCCUACAAAACUACCAGUUAGAAGAGUUGCAGAGAGUCAAGCUAAUUUCAACUCAACAAAGUGACGUGCUCUCGUGAUUGAUGUAGUUUGGCGACAUUUGACUUAUGUUUAGGGUAGCUUGGUGAUGUUUUUUGGUGCAGUUUGUCGCAGUUUCUAUGCUAG